CGCUCCCUGGCGCGAUGCCAUUCCUCGGGCAGGACUGGCGUUCCCCGGGACAGAACUGGGUGAAGACUGCGGAUGGCUGGAAGCGGUUCCUGGACGAGAAAAGUAGUGGCUUCGUGAGCGACAUCAACAGUUACUGCCCCAAAGACGUGCACAACAAGGAGAAUCUUUUCAACAGUCUGAACUAUGAUGUUGUGGCCAAGAAAAGAAAGAAGGACCUGAUGAACAGCAAAACCAAAAUUCAGUAUUUCCACCAGGAAAAAUGGAUCUACGUUCACAAAGGAAGCACUAAGGAACGCCAUGGAUACUGUACACUGGGAGAAGCUUUCAACAGGCUGGACUUCUCCACUGCUAUUCUGGAUUCCAGAAGGUUCAACUACGUUGUGCGGCUGUUGGAACUGAUAGCAAAAUCACAGCUCACUUCCCUGAGUGGCAUUGCCCAAAAGAACUUCAUGAACAUUUUGGAAAAAGUUGUGCUGAAAGUCCUUGAAGACCAACAAAAUAUCAGAUUGAUAAGAGAGUUGCUGCAGACCCUCUACACAUCCUUGUGUACCCUGGUCCAAAGGGUAGGCAAGUCUGUUCUGGUCGGGAACAUUAACAUGUGGGUGUACCGAAUGGAGACCAUUCUGCAUUGGCAGCAGCGGCUGAACAACAUCCAAAUCACCAGGCCUGCUUUCAAAGGCCUCACCUUCACAGACCUGCCUUUGUGUUUACAACUGAACAUCAUGCAAAGGCUGACGGAUGGAAGGGACCUUGUCAGCUUGGGCCAGGUGGCCCCAGAUCUGCACCUGCUCAGUGAAGACCGGUUGCUAUGGAAGAAACUCUGCCAAUAUCAUUUCACAGAGAGACAGAUUCGCAAGCGAUUAAUUUUAUCUGAUAAAGGACAACUGGAUUGGAAGAAGAUGUAUUUUAAGCUUAUCAGAUGUUACCCAAGGAAAGAGCAAUAUGGAGACACACUGCAGCUCUGCAAACAUUGUCACAUCCUUUCUUGGAAGGGAACCGAUCAUCCAUGUACAGCCAAUAAUCCAGAGAGUUGCUCUGUCUCUCUGUCGCCCCAGGACUUUAUCAACUUGUUCAAGUUCUGAGCCCUCACAUGGGACAGCCCUUGAGAACGUCCAGUUUUCAUGGGAUGCUUUGGAAUACCCAAUAUGGACACUUCCAUUGUAAAUAGUGUACACUUUCAUGUUGUUUUGAAAUUCCUGAGUUGAGUAAAUGACAGGACCCUGGAGGAGAAAGAUGAAAUUGCUGACUGGCUAUUUAGGAACAUGGACUUUCUUAAUAGAACUAGUGUGGAAAAACAGUCAGACUGUAAAUAAACUUUUUUAAAAAAUGAUUAGCCAGCAAGGCUAUAGCAGCACCAAUGCUAUAUUUCAGAAGUUACAUUGAAUUUGCCUUACGCACUCUGACACCCCUAUUUGAUUUCCAAAGAUUGGGAAAGCAGCAAAGUUGAAUUCACAAUAGAACAACCUUGACCUGUUUGCAAGAUGGAAAUUUGGGAAGAAACAGCAUAUCCAGAUGAAAAAGACAAUGUUUUGGUUUUCUAGUUCGGUUUGUAGUUCUUUGUUGUUGUUGUUAUUAACUGUCAUUGUCUUAAAGCAAUGGAAAAAAACCAUGUGACAGAUCUGAACAUUUCUUAAGCCUAUAUUGUAUAAAGGGCCAUAUCCUGCAACGUGAAAUACACCACACCAUUUUCUACCUCUGACAUUAUAAAAUGCUUUUUUUCAGCACACACAUACACAGCACGUUCUCUAGUGCACAUUGUAAAUUUUCAUGUCUAUUUUUAAUCACUGUAAAAGUGACUUAAAGGAGAAAAUAUCGACCACAAAGUUUUUCUUAUUUUGAGCUUACUUGAUCAGAGGAGUAGGGUAGUCUUUGGAGUUGCCUCUUAAAUGGGAAGUCUGAAAUACUAGGUUCAAAAUGCUUUUUUUUUUCCAUGCCACUCACUGUGGAGAGAACAGCAGGACAGAAAUCCACUUCUGCAGCUCAGCUAUAAAAACUGGAGAACUACUGAUGAAGAAACUGAGGCUGAAAGAAGUUAAGAGGGUCCAGUAAUAACCUAUGUCCAGAAAAAAACUUAUUCCUGUUUGUUUUCAGGGUAUUUCUUACACUUCUUCCAUCCCAGGUACCUUCAUAAAACAGCAUAGUUCAGUUGAUAAGCUGAAUCCUGAAAGGGUUAUGUGUUCCUAUGGCCUUACCAAGCAAGUCCCAAAUAUCUGUGGGCUGAUUCAGAUGUAUUACCAGUUCCCUUGCCCUUGGAAAUAUAUUGGUCAUUAAAUCAAGCUUCUCCUCUAUUUGUCCAACACUAAUUUUUUGUCAACCCUAAUCAUUUCUAAGGCAGAUUUGAUAGAAGUCCAUAACUUCUCCAAUCAGUAAACAUUUAAGUGCCCACUAGGUACCAGGCACUAUACUAAGUGCUGGGGCUACAAAAAAAAAAAAAAGGCAAAAGACAGACCCUGCUCUCAAGGAGCUCACGAUCUAAUGUGAAAGACAACAGGCAAGCAACUAUGUACAAACAAUAUAUAUUAGUUGGAUAAGUUGGAGAUAACAGAGGGAAGGCACUGACAUUGAGGGGAGUCAUUAGAAAAAGUUGGGAAAGGGUGGAGAAAAAUACUGUACGUCCUCAUACCAAACCCAGAGUUCAUGUUGAAUGUUUCUCAGUUCUGGGACUGGUAUAUAUACGCAAGGGGAUUUUUGAAAGGCAAGUAUAGGUGGGCAUACAGUGAAGAAUAAGGAAUCUCAGGACUUCAUGAGUUAAUUUUUGGACUUUUUGGUGUAUGUAUGUGUGUGUUUUUACUUUUUAUGAGAUCUUGCUUUUCGACAGCAACUCGGUACUUUUGCCAUUUGCCAUUACAUUUGCAUUUUUGCAAACGCAAACACCAUCUUGUGUAGCUUUGGCAAAAAAAAAAAAA